CAUGGAGCGGCUGGAGCGCUGCGGGCGCUGGCUGCGGGCCGCGCUGGCCCGAGGGCGGGUGCGCCGCCGCCUGCCCGUGCUGCUGCUCGCCAUCGCCGUGCUGGGCUCCGCGCUCAAGGACAGCGAGCUGGUGCCCGACACGCCGCUGCAGAACAAGCGCAACCCGCUCAACGUAUACUUCGUGAAGAUGGCCUGGGCUUGGACUCUGUGGCUGCUGCUGCCCUUCAUCACCCUCACCACGUACGAGCUGGCCCGGAGCAAGUUCCUGUACGGCCGCACCAAGAGCGCGCUGCUGGUGCUGCGGCGCCUGGGCGCGCUGCUGGUGGGCACGGCCGUGUGGUACCUGUGCACUGGGCUCUUCCUCUACGUGGAGAACCUCACUGGGGAGUGCUCCCUCCAGGGCAAACCCGGCCAGCCCCCACGGCUCUACGCCUCCAAGCAGGAGUGCCACCAGGACAGCGGCGUCUGGAACGGUUUCGACAUCUCAGGGCACUGCUUCCUGCUCUCCUACUGUGCCAUGAUGAUCCUGGAGGAGGUGGCUGUGCUGGAGGCGCUGUCCAUAGAGCGCAGCUCCAAGCUGCGUGUGCUGAUCAACGUCCUGCUUGUCUCCCUGUGUUUCCUCACCGUGAUCUGGGUGUUCAUGUUCCUCUCUACUGCCCUGUAUUUCCAUGACUUCAGCCAAAAGCUUCUCGGUGUGCUGAUAGGUCUGUCAGCUUGGUAUGGGACAUACAGGGUUUGGUAUUUAAAGCCCUUUUCUCCUGGACUACCUCUUCCAAAAAUACCUUUGAGUUCAAAGAAAUACAGCUAUAGCAGAUAAAAUAAGGUUUGAAAUGUUUUAGAUUUUGCUUUCAGUACUGGAGUAGUUGAGUGUAGGAAUGGUUACUGUAUUUCCACUGUGAGGAACAAGGUGAUGGGUUGGAGGAAACCAAAUCUGUACUAGCCAUUGGCUGACAGGUGGUAAUGAGCUUCUUCCCUGGGAGAAGAAAAAAAUCAGUGUUGGAAGAGGUCUGCUCUUGUUUAGGAGCUGACAACUGGGAUGACCAGCAAAGAAAUCAGAAGCUGCAUCUGUUUCUCUUACUAAUAAAUGGAGAAGCAGGCUGAAGGCUAAAAGAGGCCUUUGAUCUUUAGGGGUAUGAUUUAUCUCAGUUAAUUCUUCCUUUUUGAAUUAUGUCAAGAUACUGUGGGUGAUCCAAACCUCAUGCCUUUUCUAAUGUUCCUAUUUGAUUGCCUUAUGGGAAAGCUCUAAUAAUCACAGUGCUGCUAAGCAUUGCAAAAAUACAAAACCUUGUGAAAGCAGUUCUGUUGUGAAACUGGAACAUCUCAUGUUCUCUAGUGUUAAAAACACUAACUUGCCAGAAAUGCCUCAUAGCUGCCUGCACCUUGUGCAACAGAGAGUAAAUCUGAAAUGCAGUGUCUUAAGCAGACUGUGACUCUAAAUUCAAGCCUGCCUCUAAAAAGGAAACUCUUGAAAAGACAAGCCUUAACUUUCUCUUUAGGUGAAGUAGAUGUAAUAAUAUUUCAUAAUUUUAUUCUUAACACUAAAAAACUCAAGCUCAUUUCUGUUUUGCUAAAAAGUCUAGUAUGAGGAUUGGGGUUUUAAUAUUUAAAAACUGUAAUCCACUGCACACUUUGCAACAACUAAUUCCUUGGGUUUGUUCUUCUAGAACAACAGUGGAAUUCUGGUGUUCAACAAGCUAGCUUAUCCUGCUAUUUCCCAAAUAGUCUGCUUGGUAAUGAGUGAAAUGCAUUGUUUAUCCUGGGAGCUGCAAAGCAGAGUGUGCUUGAAGCAAUAUUUAUUCUUGCAAUACCAAUAAGCUAUUUAAUUUUGAUUGCACAUAAAGCUGUGGCCACUUUUGAUGUGGCUGUAAACCCACUCCUGAAUAAAACACUACUAUUAGAUAAUGAACAGGGGUGAGGUGGGUUUGCUGCUCCUAUCAGAUGUUUAGCAUAGAUUUUAUCUCAAAAAGCUUUUUAUUGUUUCAUGAAGGCUCAUUCAUGAUGCAUCUGCAUGAAGUGUGUUUGACAGUGAUGACAGGACAGCCAGGAAAGGCUGUGGGCAAGGCUGUGGGCCCCCUCCACUGACCCCACAGUGGGGUCACAGAUUCACAGUGACUUUUUCUGGGUCCAGGCUGUGAUGCUCCAUCAGAUAAUCUUGGCACGUUCUGCCAGCUCAACCAGGGGCCAGGUCAGCCUUUGAGGAGAGCUAAAUUCACUGGAAUUCCCACUGAAUUUGGUGGCAAGUGGGAGUUGUGUGUCCUUAGAAAGAACAAAUCACGUCUCAGAAAGAAGCUGUCCAGGGGGUUAUGUAUUUUCUGUCAGGCUCCUCUUGGUUUUGUAUUAAAUUGCCUUUUAAGCUGACUCUUUGAAAAUUGCACUGAUUAACUCAUAUUGGGUUUAAAUAAAUUUGUUUAAACAAUGCAAAUUUAUUUGCAGACACUCUUUUGAUGUAAUUUAAGCCUACUCCAAAUAGAGCUAAGCUAGACCGCAAGCCACUUUCACCAUGAGAAAGGAUUAUAUACCCAGAAGGUUUUAUGAUUAAUUUCAUUAAGUUCCUAUUUUAGGUUAUCUUUAUGUAACUUUGCUGUAUAGACUGCCCUUGGAACAGGAAAUGCUGUUUACUUAAACCAACUGACUUGCUGAAACGAUGUUCAUUUUCACAAAUGUUUUGUGCAAUCACCGUGGAUAUUUCUGUCCACUUUAACCCGUGUCAUGCAGAUUAUUUUUUUAAUGGAAAUAAUGUAGGAUAUGGUUAUUCUCUUAUUUAAACAAUGAAAAAAAACAUUUGAAAACUUAA